AUGUUCGAAUCGUUAGGGUGGCUUUUGAAUGUUCGUGGUUUCCUGUUCGGAAAGCAUAAUGGGCCAAAGGUUCGACCAGAACAUCAUUCAGGUCUUCGGGCGUUGAUUGCUGGUGGUGGGCUCUUUUCGACCAUUCUCAAAGGAGUAUAUGGCAGGUAUGCUCAGCUCUUUCCUUCCAACCAUUCUAUAUCGGACAACCGCGCGAUCGAACCACAUCUAACCACACUGACCUCCUUGUCGGUAGCUGGUAGUGUAGAGUUCGCAGUGGUAAGUCGGCCAAAAAAUGUGAAAACGACCCGGAUCGUCCCCAAAAAAAUGUAUCUAUCAACUUCCUGUGAUCAUUCUGAAUGCCAAAAAGAGGAAAGAUUUCGUAGUGAACUUCUCGCCCAGAACAGCAAAAAGGAAGCCCUCCGGGUUAUGAGCCCGGCGCGCUUCCGCUGCGCCAUGGUGCUUGCUUGUGAUUGGACGGCCCAUGAAGCCAGUUCGAGAUCCUUGGCAAGGACCCUUGGCAAGCCACGCUUUGACCCGAGCAUAUCUCCUAACCCCACGACAUCGAUUGAACUGGAGGCAUACAAAAGCAUGACCACAGGCCAUACCAACGAUAAAGUGGGUAAGCAAAGAGCAGUGUACGAGACUUCGGACACGAAUCAAGCACACGGGGAGCUGCUUCCGGCAUUCCAGCCGGAAUUUUAUCCAUUUCCAAACCUCAAGCUUGCAUUCCUGAAGCAUCCUCGAUGGACACGACUUUCCUCGGCGCUUUUCGUCCAACUCCUUCGAAGCGAACGCGCCUUCGCCAGCGAGAAUUCGGCAAGAAAGAGAAGGAUGUCGAAUAGUACGGCGGCGUCGUGUCUCGUUGGCAAAUGCACACGGCCAUGCAAACUGCUCAUGUCCGCUGUUCACAUAUUGCUUUUCAGCCUGCUGUUCAGUAUUUAUACUAGACGAUCCAGAAGGCUUCAACUCGAGUGCGAAGCCAUCCCCUCUGAAGGCACCACGAUGUUCAGCUGCAUGCCAAAGGCAAAAUGCUUUCCUUUGAUAUCUUUCCCACUGGCGUCAAUGAUAUCCACCACUUGCUUCCAACUAUCGAACAAGGAGCCUAUGAUUGACACUGACCCUCUGAACUAG